AUGCGCCUCCACGCAAGCCUCCCGUACGGCUCAACAGCAGCUAACACACCGCGAAGCACCAUGUCUCCCCGAACGGUGAUCCCGAUCGACAAGAACUGGCAGUUCAGACAGGCCGAUAAGGAAGACAGCAAGCUCCUCGCCGUCAGCCAGUUCCCGACCAACGUCCAUCUAGACCUCAUCCACCACGGCGUCAUCCCCGACCCCUUCAUCGGCAAGAACGAGCUCGACGUGCAGUGGAUCGGCGAGGCGCAAUGGCUGUACAAGACCACCUUUGCCUCCGAGACCGUACCGGACGACGCCAAGGCGGUGCUGGCUUUCGAUGGUCUCGAUACGUUCGCGACUGUCGUGCUUAACGGCAAGACCAUCCUCGAGACAGACAACAUGUUCACUCCGGAGCGGGUCGACGUCACGUCGGUGCUGAACAAGGAUGGGGACAAUGAGCUCGAGAUCACCUUCGACAGCGCCUACCUUCGGGGCUGGAAGCUCGUGGAGAAGUAUCCCGAUCACAAAUGGGGCUGCUGGAACGGCGACAACUCGAGAUUGGCCGUCCGCAAAGCUCAAUACCACUGGGGCUGGGAUUGGGGCCCGACGCUACUCACCUGCGGUCCUUGGCGACCCAUCAACCUCGAAAUCUACGAAUCCCGUCUUUCCGACCUCUACUUCCAGACUACCGUCGACGACUCUUUGAAGAGCGCCAAGGUCGUCGCCCACGCCGCGAUCGAGGGAAAGGCGUCCAGGGUCCGCUUCGACGUCUCUCUCGACGGCAAAUCCGUCGCCUCCGAGACCGUAGCAGCAGAAGCCGACUCCGACGUCGCCGCGACCUUUCACAUCCAAGACCCGGCGCUUUGGUACCCCGUCCGAUACGGCAAGCAGCCUCUGUACACAGUCACCGCGACCCUCGUCUCCGGAGACUCGGAAGUCGACACGCUCUCCAAGAAGAUCGGUCUCCGCAAGGCCCAGCUCGUCCAGCGCCCCGUCAAAGACCAGCCCGGGACCUCCUUCUUCUUCGAGGUCAACAACGUCCCCAUCUUCUGCGGCGGCAGCGACUGGAUCCCCGCCGACAACUUCAUCCCCCGCAUCACCAAGGAGCGCUACUACGACUGGAUCCGCCUCCUCGCCGACGGGAACCAGUUCAUGGUCCGCGUCUGGGGCGGCGGCAUCUACGAGGAACAGGCCUUCUACGACGCCUGCGACGAGUACGGCAUCCUCGUGUGGCAGGACUUCAUGUUCGGCUGCGGCAACUACCCGACCUGGCCCGACCUCCUCAAGUCCAUCGACAGGGAGGCCAGGGAGAACGUCAAGAUGCUCCGCCACCACCCGUCCAUCGUCAUCUGGGUCGGCAACAACGAGGACUACCAGUACGCCGAGAGCGAGAAGCUCACCUACGACCUCGCCAACAAGGACGAGGAGAGCUGGUUGAAGACGGACUUCCCCGCGCGCUACAUCUACGAGAAGAUCCUCGUCGACGCCUGCAAGGACCUCACGCCGGACGUCUACUACCACUUCGGCUCCCCCUGGUCCGGCGAGGACACCCGCGACCCGACCGUCGGCGACCUGCACCAGUGGAACGUCUGGCACGGCACGCAGGAGAAGUACCAGAACUUCGACAAGCUCGUCGGCCGCUUCGUCUCCGAGUUCGGCAUGGAGGCGUUCCCCUCGGUCAAGACCAUCGACGCGUUCCUCCCGAGGGGCAAAGACGACCCGGACCGCUACCCGCAGUCGUCCACCAUCGACUUCCACAACAAGGCCGACGGCCACGAGCGCCGCAUCGCGCUCUACCUCGUCGAGAACUUCCGCUACGCGCCCGACCCGCUCGAGCACUUCGUCUACUGCACGCAGCUCAUGCAGGCCGAGUGCCUGGCCUCGGCCUACCGCCUGUGGAAGAGGCAGUGGAAGGGCCCCGGGCGGGAGUACUGCGGCGGCGCGCUCGUGUGGCAGAUCAACGACUGCUGGCCCGUCACGUCGUGGGCCAUCUGCGACUACUACCUCCGGCCGAAGCACGCGUACUACACCGUCAAGCGCGAGAUGGCGCCCGUCUCGAUCGGGAUCACGAGGACGGAGCACAAGCACGCGAGGGACAAGUACACGCGCGUGGACGUCGAGGUGAAGCACCGGGUCGAGAUCUGGGGGUCGAACCUGAUGCUGGAGGACUUGACGGUGGAUUGUGUUGUGAAGGCGUGGGAUGUCGAGACGGGCGAGGAGACGUACGCGGAGACGGUGCACAGCGGGUUCUUGCUUCCGGAGAACAGGUCGACUGAGAUUGCGGCGUUUGAAGUCCCCGCGAGGGAGAAGGGCGACGAGGCUAGGACCGUCGUCGCGGCGUACCUCGUGAGAGAUGGUAAGCAGAUCGCGAGGUACGUCAACUGGCCGGAGCCGUUGAAGUACCUGCACCUGCAGAAGCCGAAGGAGUUGAAGGCUGAGCUGGCCGGUGGGGUGGUCAAGGUCAGUGCAGAGGUUCCUGUCAAGGGUGUCGCGUUGGAAUGUGAGGAUGAUGGGGUCGUGUUUGCGGAUAACCUGGUUGAUGUUGUUCCCGGGGAGGUUGUCGAGAUCGGGGUCAAGGGGGCAAAUGAUGGCACUGUCAUUGAGACGAGAUAUUUGGGCAUGCUCAACUGA